GACUCGGUCAGCGGCCUCCACGCCGCGCUCUCGCUCUGCGCCUCGGACAGCGCAAAGGACAGGGCCCGUGCACACGCCCUGCUCCCGCCCAUCUUCGCCAACGCGCAAAACCUGCGCGUGUUCCAGGCGGCGGCCGCAACGCACGGCGGCGCCCCGUGGCUCGCCCUCUUCCACUGUCUCUUCCGCGCCGUCGCCCUCGAGAAACGCGCCGUCCUCCGCGGCAGCUCCAACGCCCAGGGUGAGUCCGUGCCAUGCAUCGCGGUCGCUGAGCAUCCCAGCCGCCGCCCGCCUCGCCCACGCCAUCCGCAUCGUCAGGCUCGUCGCCGAGCAGGCAGUCCAUCUCAUCGCCCGCAAGCCGCUCAUCGCCCUCGUCGCCCACAUGCGCCACCAGCUCGUGCUGCCGCCCCGCAUAUUCGCGCCCGCCCUGCUGGACUACUCCAAGGCGCUCAGCACGCUGCUCGCCUACCCGCCGCACGUGGAAAGCCUCGACCGGCACACCUGGCUCGCCCUCAUGUCCAUGUGUUUCGCGGCCAUACUGGGCGACGACCUCGUGUCCGACGACCAGAUGGACGAUGCGGAUAUGCUGGGUGUCGCAGCCGAGCUGGAACGGCUGGACGCGGAAAACGUGCCGCCGCACAGACCGCCGGUCACGCUGAACACGUCCAGCCUGGUACAGAUCAUCCCCGCUCUUCUGUGCAGCACCGUGUCGCCCAUCGUCCCGCCCACCAUGAAGAGCGGCGACACGCUGACCGCAGGCCAGAAAGUCGGGCUCGGCAUCGUCCUCAAAAUCCGCCGGUUCUUCACCAUGUACCCACACGUCACCAUCUACCACCUCCAUCUCUUGACCGCACUCAACACCGUCCUCUCCGACAUGGAACUCAACUGCCGCGACUUGUUCUUGCUCGGCAGCGUCAAGAUCUUUCCGCACCUCGUCACCCUCUGGGCAGCGCCCGAGCGCGAUCGCGAUAGACGGAUACCUGAACAAAUAGCAAUCGCGAUCCAUAGAAUUCUGCCUCAUCUUGCGCACAGCGCCGAGCUCCAGGGAGCACAAGACGUCACGGAAAACGUCGAGCGACUGAUGGAGAUGCUUGCGAAAGAAUCGACCAUGUCGCGAGGAAUUGAGCCCCUCGAUUUGGGCAGUAUGAGGCUGAAGACGGUAGCAGCCAGAGGCCGUCAUCACUUUGCAGCAUGUCCGUUUGAGACUCGGUCCUUUUCAGCAGGACAUCACUUUACCGUCGACCAUGCGCUUUCAUGGACGGCGAUCGAGAUAUACUGCGACGCGUGCCUCCAUCUAUACCAAACGCGAGCUUUUCCAAGCACGGCAACACCCAGUCGUCAAAGCACCCCGUCCAAAAGACGUAAACUCGAAAACCCGCUCGCUUCGCUCGUCUCUGCCGUCGGCAUGGGAAGACCAGAAUCUCGGCUUAUAGCACUCCAAACACUAGUCUUUGUCAUCGAUAGACACUGGUCAAAACUCGCCAAGGACAUUCAGUCUGAUAUCCGCCGGACCUUGGUAUCGCUUCUAACAGACGACAGUGAGACCCUGCAGUCCUGGGCUUAUAUUGCUCUCUCGACAAUCAUCCUGUCGUCCUAUACCGCCGGCGCAAACGAAAACAACAAUGACGAAAACAACAACGACGGCCAGAGCCAAGAUGAUUGGAAGCAAGUAUGGAGUUUUGCUCUGCGCAAAUGCCAUUUACCCGGUCCAUCUCGUUCCGCAUCGCACGCCGCAGCCGUCCUACUCCAGUUUGACAAGGUGGACUCGCCAUCAACGAUCAGGGGAAUACAAACUAUGCUAACAACUAUCGCCGUCCAAGGUCCUCCCACCGCACACGAUUCCGUAUGUGCACUGUACUCGAUCGCACUCGAAGCCGCCAGAUCGGAUAUCCAGCUGUAUUCCCUCAACCUCGAAGAGCAGGUACUCUCAUGGCUGGAAAAGACGUUUGCUAGAGAAAAAUUCGAGAGGGACAAGAUGGAUCAGAGGCUCGAUCAAGCCACACCCGGGGAUAUACUGAGACUCUUUUCGGCCGUCUCCAGGAUCCAGUAUCAUGUCCCGCUGGCAGAGCCCGUCACGAAAGAGUUUCUACCCGAUUCGGCCGUCGUUAGCUAUGCGCUGGAACGCGCGAAAACACAACCCAUCCGUGAUUUUCUGCUCUACCAUACUUGUCCCACACCACCCCCGCCACCACCGCCAUUAGACGAUUCGCAUACAACUCCCCUCCUCGCGGCCUCUGAGAACCAUUCGACAUUCCUCGGCGGUCGACCACGCCGCCUCUCAGAGCUUUUGCUCAGCAUACUAAACGCGACGACCGCGCAGUGGGAAACCAAGCCGGUCAUCAGCUCCGGUGAACGUCCUCGACGAUGUGUCGAUCUCGUAGCCCUCGGUCUUGCCUUUCAAGGUCUACUCCAGCUGGAUGGGUAUAUCCCCCACGCGGCUUGUAUCAAUGCUGCAAUCCGCCUUUUACACCUCUUGAAACCGUCGCUGACCUCGUCGGAUCUCUCUAUACCCUCGUUAGACCUCGUGUGGCGAGGUCUGAGAUGUCUUGCAGAUGUCCCGCUUGCAAAAGAAGAAGAAGAAGAAGAAGAGGAAGACUGGCCGAUCCUUGUGAAGCCUGAUGUUCAGUCGGGGAUACGCCAGGAUCUUUUACCGCCCACCAUGUACGAUACGCCACCGCAGGAAGAAGAAGCCGAGUCUAGCGAUCCACCCAAGCGAUUCACGCAGUAUCCUCCCACGUUCCCAUCAACGCUGUUGCCCACGCCUACGCCCAUCACGCCAUCGUCUCUCUCUACGUUUCAAUCACAGUCAAAUUCCGCGUCUUUGGUACACGCCAUUUGGAGGCUGCCCGACGUCUCGGCCGCUCUUCAAGGACUGUUUUCCGUUUGCCUGCAAGUCAUCACCCGCUCGUCUUCAUCAACGUCUAGUGGUCAGCCAACACAGUUGUCGCAUCAUGAAGACGACGAUGGGGAAGACGACGAUGACGAUUUUGCGGUUGCAAGCGGCGAAACCACGAGCGCACCUCUGCCUGAAAAAGCUGCCGAACUGAGAGCCUCUACAUCCCUCCUGCGUUCCGCUGUGGCUUUCCGUCUUCAAGGCGUGAUGCUUGUCAGUGCCGGUGCCGGCGGCGGCGCUCAGUCAAAAGCGUACAAAGAUACGCAACUAGUCAAUUCGUUUUUGCAAGCGGACGGAUUACGGGCUGUAGAGAUCGGAUGGGCGAUAUGCGAAGCCAUGCAAAAAGGAUGGCUGCGGCUAGGGAUCGAUGCCGUCGACCUUGUGGUUGCCUCUUUGGGUAACAUGCUCAACAGUUAUGGCUAUGCGCGAGAUGAGCGUCUUUUGCAGCUAUGCCUCGAAUUCCUGAAAUGUUCCGCGCCAGUAUGGAUGGGGAAUGAUCAUAGCAACGACGAUGAUCUAAAGGACGAAGCCAUGCGUCUCGUCUGUUAUAUCGCUACCAAGAUCACCGCGGGAUCCAUCACUUCGUGGAGAGUCAGACUGGCCAUGCUGCGUUUUAUCGAAGCGUUCUUGCACUACGACUCGGCGUCAAAAUUGUGGGCGGAUUGUAUGGUGCAGGAAGAGGCAGAGGAGGAGGAGGACGAUGUGAGCAUGGAAGAUGAAAACCAUCUGUUUCACUACAUUGCCCAGUCUUUGAGCGAUCCGGAUAUGCGAGUUCGAGCGCGGGCGGCUACCACGGCUGCCAGCGCCCUCUAUCGACCCUCCAUCCAUCCUUCCGAACACCCAAUCAUCUACGAUCAAGUUUCAAACUCACAGGCUGGUGAUCCUACAUUCGCCGAGCACUACCUCUCAUACGUACUGUGGAAGCUCAAUUGCUGCAUCGCUUCUGCCAAACAACGCCAAACGGUCAUUUUCGAUUUGUACGAAGCGGCAAUAGGUGGUACCGAGUAUAGUGAUCAUCUUCAGGCGGGCCUCAAUGCCGUAGCGCGCAGACUCGGUCUUCCUUCAAUAACGGCACUCUAUCUCCCGUAUGCGCCUACAACCACCAUCAGUCAUGAUACUUCACGGUCGUCAGCCAUCACGUUUGUGUUGAAUACCACUCACCGAUUGUUUGGGCUUUCCAACCGCUCCGCCUUCUUUACCGCCUGUUUGGAACACGCUGGAGCUUACAUGCUCUAUUGUGGUAAAAUUGGGCUUUUCACUUCCGCCUGUGACGCAGCUGGCGUUUUGCCCGAAGAUCUUGCGCUUCAACUUUCUGUUGCCGCUGCAGCCAUGGCCAUGGCACUGCCUUUAUCGAAUGAUAAAGCAACGAACGUCAGCAUGAACAAGUGUAAAGCCGAGGCGUUGGCGCUCCUCAGUAGCUUCCCCGGCAUAUCAGGCCCUGACGCCGCCGAAGAGUUUCUCCAUAGCUAUGCUAACGGAGUGGCAGCUCAUUUAUGGGAGUUGAUGGAUCUAGAGUCGUCAGUCGAUGAAAUCGUCGCUUGGUUUGACAAGACGGAGAAAGAGUCCGCUGCCGGGAUCGCGUUCGCCCAGAUGAUGGCGCACGACAAUGCAAAGACGGGAAGAGUCAAAGCUAUCAACCCGGCCGCAUCUUUUCAAAGCAUUCACAACGUCUGCAGGUUUCUAGAAAAGAACUAUAGCAGUAUCUCUCUCCAUGCGUUCACCUUUGCUGCUAUCCUACGCCUCACAUCCCUCAUCAACAAUGCCUUUCUCGUCAGUGAGCAAAGGCGUUACUUGCGAGCUUUGGCAAUGCUCCUUUCAGUUCAUCAAGGGACGCUUCAGCGUCCACUUAUCUGGGAGGCAUUUCUUACCGAGACCAUAACCCUUUUACUCCAGCCGGACAUCUGUCGUACGGUACUGUCCAUGGUGAUGUGGGCUUUUGACUGGCUUGAGUCACUAUCCUCGACGCCUUCAAAAUUGGUCAACAUAUUUUGCCAGCUUGGCGAAAUUCGCAUUGAACUCGGCGGGUCUGGUACGCCGGGCAGUCAGCCUAACCAGAUGGGUGAUGCACUCGAGGAUUGGAUCGUUAAAAUGAGUCCGAAAUGGUUCAAGUCGCAAAUCAGCCAAGAGGCUUUUGAACGAGCUGUCGCUCUAUGGCCUGAUAGCCUAAGAAGCCGUCUAUCCGUACACGCAUCCCCUCUGUCUUUAAGAGAUCUGGAUGACUUGAGUCAGAAUGACGCAGUGCACAAUGCUGGCCAGCUUUGCAAGCAUUUCCUUCAUCUCGCUGACGCAGACCACGGGCAAGACGUCGUAUCAGUCUUUGUUGACUCGACUUUUUGGUCUUUAAAGGAUAAAAUAAGUAGUGUCUGGGAUAAGGAAGGCAUAAAUGCCUUUCAAGAUCUCCUCUACCUCUGCAACGGUGAGGUGAGGGCGCCUUCCCUAAACUUUUACGGUCAGGACACUUUCUCUAAAGCCCUCAAUGCUACGACUGGGGAACACAAAAAAACAGAAGCAAUGAACGCACUCUAUCAUGCAAUGUGCAAAACCAUGGUGCAGCUUUUGCAUGAUCGUCGUCCGCAGAUCAGGUCCGCCGCGUACCGCUGCCUGCAAAGAAUGAAGCCAAUCCUUACUGGAAAGGACCUGAAAGAGCUCCCCGCGGAUGUCUCUGACGUCGUACCGAUUCUCGUUCCCAUCCCGAUCGGCUCUGUUAGACAAAGUCAGGCCAUGAAGCUUGAUGGUGUCAUAAACAAUGCGACUUGGAACAAGAAGGCAGAACACUUCGCCACUUGGUCCCUUGAACUUUCGAGACUCCUAUGCAAAACCGCAUCACAACAUGACAAGUUCUUUUUGUCUUUCGAACCUCUGCUGUCGACACCACUCCUUCCUCUUCACCACUUCCUGGGGCAUUUUGUACACGCAGCUCUCGUCUGCAGUCGUUCCAUGUCUUCCGAGCGCUCGAAAGCCAUCUCAGAACAUUUUGAAACUGUAUUACAAAACCCUUUUGCCUCUAUAGAGGCUGUACGGUCAAUAGUCAACAUCGUCCUUCAGCUUCGAAGAUAUGAACAUCCAUUCACGUCAGGAAUGCUAGGUUAUAACGCUUGGCUCUCUGUAAACUUUGUCGAUCUAAGCAAAGCCGCAGUCAAAUGCGGUUUGUAUGUUUCGGCAUUACUGUUCCUUGAGCUUGCGAAUGACCAAGGGGAAUCAUUAGAUCUUGCAGAACCCAGAGUACGGCAGAUAAUGUACGACAUUUACAGUAAUGUGGAAGAUCCCGACGGCUUCUACGGCAUACAUAACAAGGACAUCCGAGAUUCCCUACGACGCCGACUUGAGCACGAGGGUUUGUCCUGGCAAGCGCUUGGAUGGGCAGGAGCAGUCUACAAUGUUGAUGGGAAUGAUUCUAGAUCGGCUAUUCCAGUCCUUCAUCACCUUCACGACAUCGGUCUAUCUCGUCUUGCAUCCGUCGUGGCUACUGAAACUAGAACGAGCGGGUCUGUUCCUCUGGAUGAUCCUUUUUUUGCCGACUUGAGCUGGCGUACAGGCGACUGGAAUCUUCCUAUCGGUAGGGAAUCUAGCGCAACAUCUUCUGGAUUACUGUACUCGGCUUUGAGUGCUGUUCACCGUAGUAAAAGCUACGAGUCAGCCUCCAAGAUCGUUGAUAAGGCGGUACGCGCAGAAAUGACGCGUUUGGGUGGCCUUCAGAAGGAAAUGCUGACAUCUAUUCAAUCGACGGUAACAAAUUUAUUAUGUCUCCGAGAGUUGAAUCGCUGGUUGGACCCUCAACUGCAACAAGGCAUGCAAGAAGUAAUCGAUAAGGGUACCCUUCGCGAUCUACAAGAUAUUAAUGAUAAAUUUGAGUUUGCAAGUGCCGAAAGAAUAAUUGCUACUCGUCUUUCAGUGUUUGAUUCAGUCAAGCAACGCGAGAGUCAAGAUAUGAUCGGCGAUGCCCUUACUCCCAAAAUGGAACUCGUGACUAAAGCAGAAAGCACGUGUCAUAUCAAGCUCAGCAGGCUAGCUCUCAAGUCGAACAAUCUCCAAGCUGCUAUCAAUUCACUGACAGCUUUACAAAAACUGCAAACCUAUGUUGGAGUGAUAGAUGAGGCGCAGGACGUUUUUUGCGAAGUGUUGUGGAAACAAGGGGAGCAUACACUAGCUAUCCAGUUGUUGGAGGAUCUUCUCCUGCGGGAGAAAGAGAAGAAAUCCAAAGGACAGAGAAUCCCUGCUCUUGAAGGACGUUUGGCUCAUUGGGCGUCGGAAGCUCGGCUCAAAGCAGCCAACGAAAUCUUCGGAAUGUUUUCAAAUGUCACCAAGUCUAUCAAGAGAUCGACAGCGGAUGUAUCAGAGCACGCAGAAAUCUUUUACCAGUUCGCCUGCUUUGCAGAUAAGCAAUAUGUUAGCCAAUCAUCUUCGGCCGACGUCAAACAACUUAAAGAGUACAGCAAACUUCGUGCUUCUCAGGCUUUGCGACUUUCAGCAAGACAAUCUCGAGCUCGUGAAAGUGACCAAAAAGAUUCAGCCGUUCGCGAAGCUGAACGCGAUGAAGAAAAACUGAAGAAGUUUGAGAUGCAGCAAAAGCAAUACCUUAACGCUGCUUUACAGUUCUACGCAGAGGCUGUUAGCAUGAGCGAUAACUUCAACGACUGCAUCACCCGAUUAGUUACUCUAUGGCUCGAGAACGACGAAAAUGAAGAGAGUAAUGUGACCUUUUCUCGCGCCGCUCACAAAGUGCCGUCAUACAAAUUCAUCUUCCUUGGUCCUCAGCUCGCUGCUCGUCUUCACCGCCCAGAAUCCCCCACCAUCUUUAAUUCCACUCUCAAUGGGCUUAUGUUCCGAAUGAGUCAGGAUCACCCUUAUCAUACCCUUUAUCAUGUCAUACCGCUGCUUUGGGAACAUAAGCAGCCACAGUCAACAAACUCCUCAAUGCUUGGGCGCAAGAGUGCGGCUGAUGACAUUAUGAGGAGAUUGGCAAGUUCAGCGUCAAAUCGGCUGGCUGUUGGUGCAGCAAAAUCUAUGAAAAGGUUUGUAGCAAUUGCGAUGGAAUGGACUUCUUUCUUCGAGAAAGAUAAGCGUUUGGAGUACAAGCUUCCAAGUGACAGUCCACUUAGAAAGGCUCCCCGAGAUAUACCUGUUGCCACUAGCACCCCAUCGAUAGACGUUACUUGUCAAUACAAAGAUAUCGCCACCUUCGACCACUUCUCCGAGUGGUAUACAAGGGCUGGCGGGCUAUCCAGGCCCAAAGUCAUGACAUGUUUUGAUUCCAACGGACAAAAAUAUACUCAACUGUUUAAGAAAGACGACGGAUUCCGGCAGGAUGCAGUAAUGGAGCAAAUUUUCGUUCUUGUCAACGAUCUCCUGAAUCGAAAUCGUCAAACUCGUUCCAGGAAACUUCGAUACAGAACAUAUGGAGUAUUGGCCCUCCCAGAAGCUACUGGCGUAAUUGAGUUUGUCGUGGGCACGAAACCUCUGAUCAAGUACUUACCACCAGCCCAUGAGAAAUAUCAUCCCAAGGACAUCACUUCCCAUGAUUUUUUAAAGGCGAUGCAGGAAGUGCAGUCGGUAAAAAACAACGACGAAAAGAUUAUUCAAGUGUGGACAAAACUGAAGAAACGCUUCCGCCCUGUCAUGCGGCACUUAUUUACUGAGAAAUAUCGUGAUCCAAUGGCUUGGUUUUCGAUGAGACUGACUUAUGCUCGGAGCCUUGCUGUGACAAGUAUUGUUGGUUGGGUUCUGGAAAUAGGUGACAGGCACUGUUCCAAUAUCCUCAUGGACGAGUGUACAGGGGAGCUCGUUCACAUUGAUUUUGGCAUUGCUUUCGGGGCAGGACGUAUACUCCCAAUCCCUGAGCUUGUACCUUUUCGUCUCACAGAUGACUUAGUCGAUGCUUUAGGUGUCACUGGGGUGAAUGGUACAUUCCGACAAUGUUCGCAACUUGUACUCCAGACCCUCAUCGAUUCCUCAGAUGUCAUACUUACCAUCCUGGAAGUAUUCAAACAAGAUCCACUUCAUACGUGGAUGGUGGAUGACAAAAUGAAGAAAGCACAAGAUGGCAAUCACAAAAUGUAUCCAGAGCGUGGACAAGAAAAGGCCGACAGGAUCAUGAGGGAAACAAGAGAAAAUCUUUCGAAGGAGCUGUCAGUACAAUACCGGGUCAAUCAGCUCAUCCAAGAAGCUCGGGACGUAAACAAUUUAGCGACUAUCUUCCGGGGAUGGCACUCUUGGUUGUAAUCUGUAAAUGUUAAAUGUUUGUAAACUGCAAAUGAAUGAGAUGCUUGCAUUGGUGCUUUACUAGCUAGACCAGGCAAUCAAUUUUGUACAAUAGAGCACUACUUGUAUAGCUAUGUAACACAUAAUUUUGC